AUGUUGGGAAAUUUAACAGCAACAGCGAGAGUAUUCGAACGUAUGCUCGUAUAUUCCAAUCAUAGAACUAUUUACUAUUUUAAACCUUGCAAGCAUGCUAUAAAAAUUCGUUCUUUUCAUAGCACCAUUACCAGACCUUUCGCAAACUCGUCGAGUGAUUCGCCUACUGGUAAUAAUUCUCCAUUAAAACCUGCAAUAGAUAAUAAUAAAAAUAAUGUAUCUACUCCAAAUACUGCGAAGGAGACUCCUCCUGCAACUGCUGCUCAGGAAGAAACUGAAAGUAAUCAGCUUUCCGAGGAAAGUCAGCAUCCACCAUCUGAUAACAAUGCAACCGAGCAUGUAGCUGAAUACAUUUUACGUUCUCCAACUAGGCGAAAACGGUCUACAACUCGUUCUCGCUCACGCGUAUCAAAAUCAUCAAAUUCUUAUAAACCAGUAAUACCUCAAAUAUUUUUAAAAGAAAAUUAUUUACCAAUUAAAAAUAAUAAACAUUCUUUUGCAUCAAUGAGUUAUCCCUUAGAAGAUGGAAUACGUGAUGAAAUUUUGUAUAGUGCACGUGCAAAUCUUUUUUCUGUUCCAAAAGGCAAUGGUAUACCUGCUCGGCGUGGUCAUAUAUUAUUAAAUUGUCCAAUUGAAGGUGCUUCUUAUUAUUUGGAUUCCAUUGUAAAAAGUGUUGCCUCAUCUUUACAUGCAGAUUUAUUGACUUUUGAUCGUCAAGAUUUAAUGGAAUUAACUGCUAAUAUGUUUUCGAAGAAGGGUAAUGAAGAUGAGAUAGAAGAUGAUGUUUUCAUGGAUGAAGAAAGCUUCGAAUCAUCAUCAUCUCGUAGUUCUGGUUAUGAAAAUAAAACUUUAGCUGACAAUUUUCAAUAUAAUUCAUCUCAAUCAAAUGGUUCUUUACGCGCAGAGAUGAAAGUUAUCCUUGAUAAAAUAGAUCGAUUUUUUGAAACUUUAGUUUCUACAUCUUUUUCUGAUAAUACUAAUUCAUCGAAAAAUACGUCAUUAACUCCAAAAAUUAUAUAUUUCCGUGAUGUUGGAGAUUUGGUUCCAACUACUUUUGGUACCGCAUUAAUUAAUAGUCUUGUUGAAGCUGUACAAAAUCAACGUUAUUUAGGUGAUCAAAUGAUGAUAAUCGCUGGAUAUUCUCCUUCAUUAUUUGCUAUGGAAAAGAAAUCAUCAUUAAAUUCUCCAAGUAGUCCAAGUAGUUGUGUACCAUCACAUGAAAUUCAAUGGGUCAGCGUUGAUAUAUUUCCAAAUCCUGCAAUGUUGGCCGCUUUUACUCAUAUAGCUAUACCUCCUCCAUCGUCACCUGUAUUGGCUCAACAUUUGCAAACUAUGAUUGCAGAGGAUAAGAAUGUCGCUAUAAGACAUAUUAAUGUACGUACUUUAAAAGCUGUAUGUGCUAGUAAAGGUGCUUAUUUCAAAGUUAAUGAUAUUAAAGAGUUAGGGUGCCUUCUUGCUAAAUUAGAUGGUUUAGAUAAUGAAGUAUGGGGGUUUGAACGUGUUCAUCGACUUGUAAUGAAUGCAAUUGGAAUAUCUCUCGAAAGACAAGAUUUAUCAUCAUUGAAUGAUCAAAUAUAUUUAGAAGUUGAACAUUUUAUUUUGGCUUCAAAUACUCUAAGAGCAAAUCAAAAACUGCGAAAAGACUUUGUUGAGUCAGCUUCAUCUAAUAGUGAUGUAACGAAUAAAGCUCCUGAAAAAUUAGUGAGCAUUGUAGGUAUUGGGGAUGGUAAAAUAAUAUCAAAUAGAAAACAUAUGAGAAAAGAGGAUCUUGAUAAAUAUGAAAAAAAACUUUUAGGUUGCGUAGUAGAUCCAGAAAAUAUUUUCGUAGGAUUUUCUGACAUACAUGUUGCACAAACCACUGUUCAAACACUUCAAACAUUGAUUACUUUACCUUUAAUGCGACCACAAUCAUUUUCUUAUGGAGUCUUAAGAAGACAUUUUAUAUCAGGUGUAUUAUUGUUCGGACCACCUGGAACCGGUAAAACUAUGUUGGCGAAAGCUGUUGCCAAAGAAAGUGGUAGCACAGUUAUUGAAAUUAAAUCCAGCGAUGUAUACGAUAUGUACGUUGGUGAAGGUGAGAAGAAUGUUCGGGCAAUAUUUUCACUUGCUCGUAAACUAUCACCAUGUGUGAUAUUUUUAGAUGAGCUUGAUGCGAUAUUUGGAUCCAGAAGAUCAGACAUACACAAUGGAGCGCAUAGAGAGAUAAUCAAUCAAUUCAUGGCAGAAUGGGAUGGUUUAACGUCCCGUAAUGAAGGUGUGCUGAUUAUGGGUGCAACAAAUCGACCAUUUGACUUGGAUGAUGCCAUUUUAAGGAGAAUGCCAAGGAGGAUAUUAGUUGACUUACCUACCGAGAAGGAUCGUGAACAAAUUCUCCAUUUGCAUCUUCGUGACGAGAAGCUUGAUCCGUCAGUAUCAUUAACAAACUUAGCGAAAAUAACCAACCUUUACUCUGGGUCAGAUUUAAAAAAUUUAUGUAUUAGUGCUGCUCUUGCUGCUGUCCGCGAGGAUGCAGAGAAAGAACAAGGCAAUUCUAGUACAAUUGGCAAAGGGGUUAUUAAAAAGACCUUUGACAAACAUCCAGAAAUCAGAGUAUUAAAAACUCAUCAUUUUCAGCUUGCGCUUAAACAAGUGACUCCUUCUUGUUCAGAAGAUAUGUCAAGUUUGACUGAGCUGAGAAAAUGGGAUACAAUGUAUGGUGACGGUGCAUGGAAUAGGAAAAGACGUUCAAAAGGAAUAGGAUUCGAUGUUGAUGCAGGUCUUCCAGAUAGUUCAUCUCAAUUUGGUGGUGUAAGCCCGUGA